AUGGAUCCUCGGUUUAAGAUGGAGUUUGUUGAAUGGGCUUAUGAAAAGCUCUAUGGUCGAGAAUCUUCACAAUUGAAGGUUUUUGCUGACACUCUAUCUUCUUUGUUUGGUGCCUACAAAGAAACCUCCACUCACCAAAGUUCUAGUUACCAUAUUCAUGAGAGCUCGUCUCAAAUACAAGGGAAGCCUUGUAUACUUCAGAGUAUUAAACGUCAAAUUACUCUAUUGCAAAAAUUUGAUGCCCGUUACAAGAGCGGUCAUAAUUCGAGUUUAAAGACUGAACUGAACAAGUAUUUGGAUGAAGUAAGACUCGAUAACUUGGUAGACUUGGAUGUACUUGCUUGGUGGAAGAUGGAGCGACACCGAUACCCAAUCCUAUCUCAGAUGGCUCGUGAUGUGUUGACUAUUCCUGUCUCCACUGUUGCAUCUGAGUCGGCUUUUAGCAUUGGUGGUCGAGUUCUAGAUGAGUAUCGGAGUUCUUUGUUGCCUGAGACAGUACAAGCUUUGUUAUGUACUCGGGAUUGGAUUUUCGGGAAGAAGAAAGAAAAGAAGAUGGUUGAGGUGGACGAUUUUUCCGAAGACAUAUUGGGUUUGAGAAUGCAUGAUCGAAUAGAGGAAGAAGAGAGCUUCACUUGAGAGAAAACAUGGCAUUGAUGUGAAAUACGGGGAUAAGACAUAUUAGUUUGUAG